AUGCCAAUGCUCAAAGAUCCUUCCAAAAAAUACAAGCGUUUCAAGCCGAUCCACCUCCCAGACCGAACAUGGCCGAACAAGACCAUCGAUAAGCCGCCUCGCUGGCUGGCUACUGAUUUACGAGAUGGUAACCAGAGCUUGGUAGACCCAAUGGAUGGUGACCAGAAGUGGAAAUAUUUCAAUAUGCUCGUGGAGCUCGGCUACAAAGAAAUUGAAGUCUCUUUCCCAUCCGCAUCGCAAACCGACUUCGACUUUACUCGCAGAAUAAUCGAAACUCCCGGUACCGUUCCCGAUGAUGUUUGGAUCCAAGUGCUUUCUCCGUGCCGUGAGGAUCUCAUCCGCCGCACAGUCGAUUCCUUGAAGGGAGCAAAGAAGGCCAUUCUCCACAUGUACUUGGCUACAAGCGAAUGCUUCCGUCGCAUAGUUUUCAAUAUGACAAAAGAGCAGAGUUUAGCAUUGGCCGUCAAGUGCACUAAAUACGCUCGAUCCAUCACAAAGGAUGACCCGUCUACUGCUGGAACGGAAUGGCAAUAUGAAUUCUCCCCCGAGACAUUCUCCGACACUGACCCGGAUUAUGUUAUUCAAGUGUGUGAAGCCGUGAAAGAAGCUUGGGGCCCAACUGAAGAGCACCCUAUGAUUUUCAACUUGCCUGCGACUGUUGAAAUGUCCACACCAAACGUCUAUGCCGAUCAGAUUGAGUACUUCUGCCGCAAUAUGACGGAACGCAACAAGUUUGCCGUCUCUCUUCACCCUCACAACGAUCGUGGCUGUGCUGUGGCAGCUGCUGAACUUGCCCAGAUGGCUGGUGCAGACAGGGUCGAGGGAACUCUCUUCGGUAAUGGAGAGCGGACGGGAAAUGUCGAUUUGGUCACUCUUGCCUUGAACCUUUACACCCAGGGCAUUCACCCUGGAAUUGACUUUUCAGAUCUUAACUCUGUCAUCAAAGUCGUCGAAGAAAGCAACAAGAUCCCAGUCAAUGAACGCUGGCCUUAUGGUGGACAGCUGGUGGUGUGUGCUUUCAGUGGUAGUCACCAAGAUGCAAUCAAGAAGGGUUUCGUGGCCCGCGAAGCUGCAAACAACAGUGUCGAAGACCCUUGGGAGAUUCCUUACCUACCUUUGGAUCCACAAGAUAUUGGCCGAACAUACGAAGCAGUUAUUCGUGUCAACUCCCAAAGUGGCAAAGGUGGUGCUGCAUGGAUCAUUCUCAAGAGUCUAGAACUCGACCUACCACGUGGAUUGCAAGUUGAAUUCAGUAAAAUCGUGCAAAAGGAGACCGAAAGACUCAACCGCGAGCUUCGACCAAGUGAGAUUGUAGACUUGUUUGAAACUGCCUACCAUCUCAAGACCAACCCCCGCUUUACUCUGGUCGAUUAUAACAUCACCACCGAUCGAUCGCAGUCACCGGCGUCACUGGAGCCUGGCAAAGCGCUCAACACGCGCAACCUCAACCGUCGGUUUACGGGCAUUAUCGAGAUCGAUGGCAUCCAACAUCCCAUCACUGGUGUUGGUCCAGGUGCCAUUUCGUCCUUGGCUAACGCUCUUUCAACUUUGGGCAUUGAUCUCGAUGUGCAAGAUUACAAGGAACACUCCGUGGGUGUAGGAAGCCACGUUCGCGCUGCUACAUAUAUUCAAUGCACGGCUUCCCAGUCGAAAGAUGUUGUUUGGGGUGUCGGCCUCCACCAAGAUGUUGUCCAGGCCAGUUUGAUCGCUCUCUUGAGUGCUGCUAGCUCGUUCCUUACAUCCCGCGCUGGAUCACCUGCACCCUUCCGUCCUGUGCGUUCCAACACUUUAACCGACGAAGACCUCCAAGCAAUUGAGCAGCUUUCAUCCAGUAUUCGAAACUUGGACGAGGAGCAGGAGAAGAAGAACGCUGCUGAAGGUGUCCAGCAACAAAAAGCUGAUAUUGAAAAGCUUGAAAAACAAGUUGAGCAAUUGUAA